AUGCUAUCGUUCACGUCGGUUGGGCAGGCGUCCCCUGAUGCCUCUCAGAAUAUCCAGACGAUGCGUCUGCGCGACGACCCGCCCCCCAUAACUCAGCCAGCUCGCCCCGCAAAGAAGCGCAAGACCCCGCCCAACAACGCUGCAGACCACCAGCAGCACCAGCAACCAGCCCAGCCCGCCCCGCCUCCUCAGCAACAGCAGCAGCCACCUACCCAACCCCAACCUCCAGCACAGCCCAUCCAGCACGUUCUGCCACCGGCACAUACCAUGAUGCACCCAAUUCCAGGUCCAAUGCCUCCUGGCUACCCCUACGCUCCUGCCGACUACACCCCAGGCGGAAUGCCUCCCAACCACCCCCAUCCAGGCGUGCCUAUCCAGCAGCCCCAGCAGCAGCAGGCCCCGGACCAGUCUCCCCCACCUGCAUCAAACGCCGCAAACAGAACGCUCAGCAACAGCAAACGCGCCGAGCAAAACAGAAAGGCCCAGCGUGCGUUCCGCGAGCGCAGAGAUCAACACGUCAAGGCACUCGAGUCCCGUUCGCAGCUCCUUGACGCUGCCCUGGCCUCUGCUGACGAGGCAAACCGCCGUUGGGAAGAAUGCCGCGCCCUCGUUGAUCAGCUCCGCGUCGAGAAUGCCGCGUUGCGCGCAGCCCUCAGUCAAGCUCACCUGUUGCCUCCCAAUCUCUCUGGUGGCUCUGCCACUACGCACAGUCACACCGUCAGCGGCAAUCUCCCAGAGGAAGCUAAACCCGCGGAAUCCUCCACUGCCGCCGAGACAACCACUGCCGAAUCUGCUGAAAAGUCGUCGGAACAGCAGCAGCAGCAGCAACAACAGCAGCAAGCCUAA